GGAAAGAACUAUGCAGGCAGUGAGAGGCAGGGUACCCCCAGAGCAGUUAUGUCCCCGGCCCCUAUACUCUGAGGCCACCAAGUGGACAGCAGCAGUGAGCAUUGGUGAGAAGGCACAAGGGCUAUCGUCCCUAAGUCCAGGCAGUGGCAGCAGCAACAGAGAAGGAAGUCAGAGGUGGCCUGUGGUCCACCUCUCUGGGACCUUACAAAGACCACCAAGAAAAUGCUGGGCUGCUGCCCCCAGAUACCUCAAUCUGUGUCCCUCCUGUUUGCGUUACUUCCAUCACUGCUCAGCACGGGGAACUCCCUGUACCAGUACCCUGACUGGGAAUACUACCCUGGGCUGGGCUUAGGCUCCAGAAAUUUCCACCACCAUGAAGACCAGAACCUAAGACAUAGGUGGCAUCGAAGGAAUUCGAAGGAGGAACCAUGCCAGGCCACCCCUGACAUCUACUUUGUCCUGGAUAAGUCUGACAGCAUGUUACAUGCCUGGGUGCACUUUAACAAGUUCGUGGUGGAUAUGGUGCAGAGGCUGUCAAACCAGGAUCUGCGAGUGUCCCUCAUCACCUUCUCCUGUAAGGGCACCACCAUCCUGCCCAUCACUGGAGACAGGGAAGAAAUCCAUAAGGGUCUUAAAAGACUGAAGUAUAGCAUUCCUGCAGGACGUGAACAUGUUUACAGAGGACUGUGGAACGCAAAUAAGCAGAUAAUAAAGGUCAACUCGGGAGGUGUCCAGCGUCCCAGCAUGAUUAUCUCCUUGCUCAACAGCCCUCUGGAUGAUGAUACCUAUAAGUACUCGAUGGGGGAGGCUGAUGAUGCUAGGAAAAUGGGAGCAUCUGUAUACACUGUGGGUGUGGGCCACUCAAAGAAAGCGCAGGUAGUAGGACUUGCAGACAAACCAGAAAAUGCAUUUGCAAAUAAGAAAGCUGAACACCUGAAGGACCUCAUUUUCCCACUAGCUUCCAAGGCCUGUCCGUCCCUUAAAUCUUCAGAUACAAGUAUUAUAUGCAUCAGAGAAUCAAACCCUGUGGUACUUCGUGGAUAUGGCUUUGACUUUGUCAUGCAUAAAGAGGAGGUUAUUUGCAGGUUCUAUUUAAGUGACAUAGAUGGGAGUUUCAGAGAUGUAAAAGCCAUCAAUUUAACCAAGACUACCGUUACUUGCCCUGGACCAAUCGUGGAGUUACCAGGAAAAGUGAUCUAUGUUCUACUCAGCCUGGACAAUGGAAGAAACUUCAUGAAUAACAAUGUAUUCGUUGCCAGCAAGCCAUGUGGUGCAGUCCUCUACACAGUGCAAACCACCACCACUACAACCACUAGGAGGCCCACAACUAAAACAACACGUACGACAACUACAACGACCACCACAACCCCUUCUACCACAACAACUACAACUACCACGACAACGCUACCAAUGGCCACUGAAAGCCCCGCCACCAUCCCAUUGGUCACAGAGGAACUGAAGCCAAGCAGUGAUAAAUUCAUUUUCGCCCCUAUUCUCCUGGCCCUGCUGCUGACUCUGUUGCUGAUUGGUUGUUUCUGGCAGCUGUGCUGCCUUCCCCCUGUCGAGGAGCUGCCCCCACCUAAGCCCCAACCACAGCCCAAAGAGAAGAAAGAGCUCUCUGCUCUAGUGUCUCCCCCAGCACCAGCACCAGCCGUAAAUCCGUCUCCUAUUGUGAUCGUCUGCUGCUGCACCUGUGGGGGCCUGUGUGUGAGCAGGGACACAGAGGGCAAUGUGAUUGUUUGCAACUGCAACCACCUAAGCUGCCACCAGUUGCCAUUGAUGUGGCCUCAGUCUGCUGACCAGGGGCAGUACACCAAUGUUGACCUCAUGAAGGCUCUCUGUGCUCAGGAAACCUGUGGCCCCAGGGUCAGCCUGCCGCCUAGCCAAGAGUAUCUGCCUCUAGAGUCCUGCCCACAGGGCCACCACUUUCCAGGCAUCUGCUCCAGGCUUCCAUCGAGGUCACAGCUGCUCAUCAGUCCUUCCUGGGUCCCCAGAGCCCGGCUGUCACUCCCACCUAUGAAGUGA